AUGACAAACCAACUCCGCAUCCUCCUCGUCGGCAACGGCGGCCGAGAGCACACAUUGGCAUGGAAGCUCGCCCAAAGUCCACUCGUCGACGAGAUUCAUGUAGUACCCGGCAACGGAGGAACGGCGAGCGUGAACAAAUGCACCAACAUCACCUCCGUUUCAGACAAGGACUUUCCCGCUCUGGCCCAAUAUGCAAAGUCAAACAACAUCAAUCUUCUCAUACCUGGCCCGGAAGCACCUCUAGUCAAAGGCAUCGCAGACAUCUUUGCAGAACAUGCCCCUUGUAUCCCAUGUUUUGGACCGUCAAAAGCCGCCGCCAAUAUGGAAGGCAGCAAGGCUUUCUCCAAGGACUUUAUGAAACGGCACAACAUCCCGACUGCUCGAUUCGAAAACUUCGACAACUACGAAGCCGCUUCAAAACAUCUCGAAACCGUCGAUUACAAGGUCGUCAUCAAAGCUGACGGUCUAGCCGGUGGCAAGGGCGUGGUGCUUCCCCAAACCAAGGAGGAAGCACAGAGCAACUUGAAGGACAUGAUGUUGGCAAAGGAAUUUGGCGAUGCAGGCAGUACAGUGGUCAUCGAGGAAUGCCUGGAGGGUGAUGAGAUCAGUAUCCUAUCACUAUCAGAUGGCCAGUCCAUACUCUCUCUUCCUGCAGCUCAGGAUCACAAGCGGAUCAGAGAUGGCGAUGAAGGUCCAAAUACCGGUGGAAUGGGCACAUACGCACCGGCACCAGUAGCGACGAAGGAGAUACUGGACGAGAUCGAGCGCACCACUCUCAGACCUACCAUUGAAGGGAUGCGGAAAGAAGGGAUGCCAUUUGUUGGCUGCUUAUUCACCGGCUACAUGCUCACAAAAAACGGACCUCGCUUGCUGGAAUACAACGUCAGAUUUGGCGACCCGGAGACUCAAUCCUGUCUAUCACUUCUGCAGUCCGAUCUCGCAGAAUUGAUCGUCGCAUGUACGAAUGGCAGUCUUAACUCCAAGACUAUCGAGGUGGCAUCGGGAAGUGCAUGUACAGUGGUCCUCGCUGCAGGAGGAUAUCCGGAGAAUCCCAAGACAGGGUUCGAGAUGACGGUGAAUGAGCCACAGAAUGGCGUCAACUACUUCCAUGCGGGUACGACGGUGAAAGAUGGCAAGCUGGUGACGAGCGGUGGGAGGGUCAUUGCGUCGACAGCGACUGGAAGCACAUUGCAGGAGGCCAGGGACAAAGCGUAUGAGGGAGUCAAAGGGAUUCACUUCGAUGGUGCGCAGUACCGGACAGAUAUCGCCUACCGAGCGCUGCGAUGA